AUGGAAAGAAUUCCAAACAAUAGUUUAUUUAUCACAGAUGCAGUGCCGAUACGUGUCGUCAAUUUACUAUCAAAACACUUUCCACAGCCUUGUAGUCAUUUAUUGACAACGAAUGAUCCAAUUGUACCGGAACCAUGUAUUCGAAUAUCAGAAGAUAAAUUCGAAAUCUUUGUCGAUUGGUUAAUGAUAACCGAAACAACAGAUGCUGCCACAGCAGUGGUACUGCUUGUGGCGAUGUAUAGUAUAUUUGAGAUUAAAUUCUCAAAAAACAAUCGAACUGCUCGUCUUCUGUAUGGUCUCCUUCUCAGAGAUACCAAUGAACUCGGCAAAGGUUUACGAGUGCUGUUGCACUCGUGGGAAUUUCCACUAGACGACCAAUAUUCUGACUGUCAGAUUCCAAUUUUUCCAGCCUAUAACAAUCAAGACCUGUCGUCGGCUGAACAACCAAUAUCCAUAGCAGCAACAACUACAGAAGCAUAUCUGAACACCACAAAUCACGAUGUCCAUCGAUCAGUUUUAUCGUCAUCUAUUUCGGACAAUGUUCAUCGUCAUGAUUCUUCUCCAAUCCCGAUCAUCCAUGGUGAUAUCAAUGAUAUUGAUCAGCCUCCCAUGGUAAUUGCUAUGGAAGUUGUCGUCCAGAAUGAUAAAUCAAUAAAAGACAACGAAGAGAACGACUGUAAACGAAGAAGACAAUCACCGGUUGAAAAACAACCACAAGGUCAUCAACGCGAAACAAACGUAGUAAAUAAUCUCUUCCCAAGAAAUAGAGCUAAUGAUGAUUCGUAUCUCGUCUUAUUGCUUCUCGAUGAUCAAGAUUUGGAAUAUAAUAUAAUGCGAUCAAAGAUUCGAGUCAUUUUGCUCCAUGAAUUUCGAUUGGGUCAUAAAGCAACCGAAGCAGCGAAUAAAAUAUGCAGUACGAUGAGGUUCGGUGUCCUGUCCACCCGCACAGCACAACAUUGGUUCGAUCGAUUUCGUAACGGAAAUUACGAACUUGAUGAUCAACCUAGGUGUAGAAGGCCUAUCGAAGUCGAUCUUGGUCUUUUGAAGCAGCAGAUCGAACAAGACCCGCGGCUAACGACACGUUACUUAGCAGAGCUUCUCGGAUGCUCUCAUGCCACGGUAGAAAAACAUUUGGCUGAUCUUGGUAAGAGCUGGAAAUAUGGAGUGCGGAUUCCACAUGAAUUGUCGCCUUAUCAGCUCCAAUCAAGGGUGGAGACGCGUAUGGAUUUACUCACAUCUCAUCGUAACCAUCAAUGA